AUGCAGCGCAGUCUCGUUGCAAGCCUCGCGCUACUGGGCUCGGUUUCUGCAGCAUAUGUCUGGCCAUCAACACAAGAUCCCAUAGAUGAUCUGCUAUAUCUCCAGUCCGGGUACAUCCGUUUCGGCUCUCUAUCAGACCAGGUCUCAUCAUGCGGUUUCGGUGCGGGCUCGCCAGGAAUCCAAAAGUCGGCGGAAUGGGUCAGAACUGCUUUCCAUGACGCUGCAACACAUGAUGCAGCUGCAGGUACUGGAGGCGUCGACGGCUCUAUCCAGUACGAGCUGGAGCGACCGGAGAACUUGGGCGCUGCACUCAACCACACAUUGGCAGAUAUUUCGAGUUCAGUGAACGUACAUAGCUCAGCUGCCGAUCUCCUAUCUCUGGCCCUCGUGAUUGCUGUCGCGAGGUGUGGUGAUCUCGAAGUCCCGUUGCGGCUCGGUCGGAAGGAUGCUACAGAGGCUGGAAUCAAGGGGGUCCCAGAGGCUCACACAGAUCUGGAAACAACGAGAAAUAGGUUUCAGAUUGCCGGAUUCAAUGAGGCGGAUAUGAUCACCCUUGUUGCGUGCGGACAUACUCUCGGCGGCGUCCACUCUGUUGAUCACCCCGAGAUCGUAACAGGCACAGUCGACCCAGCCAAUGUCGCCCGUUUCGACAACACAACAGACAAGUUCGACACCAAGGUCGUGACCGAAUACCUCGACAACUCGAGCCGCAACCCCCUCCUCCGCAACACAAACGACACCCUCAACUCCGACAAACGCGUCUUCGCCGCCGAUGGCAACGUCACGAUGAACAAACUCGCAGACGCCACCUACUACAAAGCCCAAUGCGAAUCCGUCUUCACCCGCAUGCUCGACCUCGUCCCCAGCGACGUCACCCUCAGCGAGCCACUCCAACCCGCCGACAUCAGACCCUACAUCACCAAAUACCAACUCAGCAGCAACGGGUCCGUCGAGCUCGCCGGCCGCAUCCGCAUCCGCACAUCCCCCGACUCCGGCCGCGUAGCCACAGACCUCAAAGUCAGCCUCCUCCCCACCGACCGCAACGGCCAAAGCAUCCAAGAAAUCACCACCACGGCCGCGACAGCCAAGGGAGGCGACUCCUUCGGCUACCUCAAGGAACGCUUCAACUGGUUCGAAUUCAGCAAAGUCCUCCCCGCCACCACCGGCCUGAGCGGCUUCAACAUCAAACUCACCGUCCCCUCAUCCGGCCUCUCAACCACAUACGACAACGCCGGCGCAGCAGGCGGCUUCGCCCUGAACCCAGACAUCACCUUUCAACAGCCCCAAUCCUGCGUCUCCUUUGACUCCGCAACAAACAAAGGCACCCUAACCCUCACAACAGCCAUCUCCAAGAAAGCCCUCGCGUCAGGCGCAACGCCACAGGUCCGCCUCGUGCAGCGCAUCGACCAGCCGCGCAACUUCAUCCCCAAGCUCGAGCAGCAAGUCAUCCAGAUGACGCCCGCGGGCAAGGAGACGGCCGAGUACGUAUACUACCGCGCGACUGGGACGGUGGGCCGGAACGGGCUGCAGACGACGUUUGACGUCGAGGUUGGGGAGUCGAAGUUGUUGUUUCAGGAGACGACGGCGCUUGUGGGGACGACGUGUGGGGCGUUGUGA